GGUCACCUGUGCAGACGUCUAGUUUACUGUAACCGCAUUUCCCGCCUGCAUACUGUGCUGCCAUGCAAGAAAAUAAUAAUUGAUUAUUGUCGACUGUGUCCCGUGGGCACAAAUACAGCCUUCACAAAUAAAUUGUUGUUGGCGUUCUUUUUCCGUCUGUUCAAUGUCAUUUGCUGCGUUUUUCACUGGCAUGAAUCGUGCAUUAUUUUCCAACCGAUGCAGCUAAACAACAGAGAUGUAACAGCCGACAUCGGGAUGCUCCUAUUCUUAUACUGCAGAGCACACGUGUUUACAUAACGAAGGAAAUCUUUUAUAUGUAUAUUUAUUAUAUGCACUUCGUCUCAUUGAUUGACCGUUCCUCCGUGAUUAAUCCGUGCAGUGACCGGCAAUGAAUUAAUUUCGGUACAUUUCGGUGCCCAGUAUUUCUGCGCAACUUGGGAUGCGUUGCGCCCCUUUCGCUGCAGCGGAAGGAAACUAAGGAUCCCCUGCGUCCAGCGUCAGGCCAGUGCCGGGCCGUUGCGGCCGCUGACGAUCACUGCGAGGACACGCAAACUGCUCUUAACAUAUAUACACACGGUAGAAACAGUUAAGAAUGGACAGAAACCGGAGUGACCGGAGGCCCGACUACGAGGGCGACGGCGAGCGGUACCAGUCCGAGGGACCGACUUACACCGUGGUCGGCACGACCCUCCCCGCGGCCCGCCACCGUCCUCCUGUGGAAGAAUCUCCAGUACACGCGGGAGACCAUUAUUCCCGGGACCACCAGCCAUCCCGACCUUCUCUCAACGCUCCCAACGCCAACUUCCGGUCAGCGGCGACCGGCUUAACCAACCGGCCGCUCUUCUCCGACAACGAUCAGCCUCCUCGCUUCCGCGCACCCACACCCCCUCCGGAAGCGCCAGCAGCUAACUCAGGGCGGGCUCCACUGCAUGACCCGCCCCCUCCGCCCGCCGCCGCCACUCACUUCAGUCUGGACGAUGAAGCGGAAGGCAGGGAAUCCGACGACGCAGAGACUGCAGAGGACGACCGUUUCCCCGACGCGCCAUCAUCGCCGCCGCCGUACAGUCAGGAUGACGCGCAUUUCGGGGCGGUGGACUUCACGCACGGACUGGUGCCGCCGGCAGCGCACGUCCUCUACGGCGACAGGAGGCAUUCCAGUCCCGCCAGCCAUUUCAAAGGCCUGCAGCGCCCAGCUGAAGCCCGUCCCGAGCAGAUCCAGAGUUCCGACGACGAGCCCGUGCCCCCCCACCGCGAGGGCGCCUCCGCCCCUACCCCCGUCCCUGCCCCUCGCGUCCUGAGCCCCUCCCGGCGCGCGCCCCCCGCCAGCUGCACCAUCGCCUGCCAGGUGGAGGAGGACGAGCUGCUCUCCAAGACCAUCUCCACGCAGGUCAACGAGAGCGACCUCCGCACGAUGGACGGCAGGAUGCCCCCGCGCAGCGCCUCGCACGCGCGCUUCAAGCUGGACAACGAGGACACGGUGAGCAACGACACGGAGAAGGACGACACGGUCAGCCAGCACCUGCACGUGCAAACCAACCCGCUGCGCAACACGCCCUCCUGCCAGCAGCUGCACGGCAUCCUGCGCAAGACGCCCAGCGCCAAGUUCGGCAGCCAGUCCACCUUCCCCGUCAACGACACGCUCUCCACUUCCAACUUCUCCCUCAAUGACACGCGCCACAGCCAGGACAAUCUCCGCAAAUCGAGCGCCUUCUCCAGCCAGUCGGACACCGCGAACGGCAACGGGAAGAACGGGAAGCACAAGGGCAGUCGGCUGGCGCUGUUCCACCUGGGCGCCAAGGAUCACGAUGACCACGACCAUUCGGACGCGGGAUCCGUCCACGGCGGCAUGCCGUCGGUGAAGCACGCCUCCUUCGCGCAGCUGCCGGCGGACACGACGGGCGAGGGCCCGCCCAAGGAGGCCUGGUGGCGGCGCUGCCUGCCCUGCAAGUCCAAGAAGAACCUGCCGCGCUCCUUCACCAUGGACGACCUCAAGAAGGACCUCACCAUGGACGAGCACAUGCUGCCGCUAGAUGACCUCUUCGCCAAGCUGGACGUCAAUCCGCAGACGGGUGUAUCGGAAGAGGAGGCCGCCAAGCGUCUGCAGCGCGACGGCAAGAACAUGCUCACGCCGCCCAAACAGGUCCCGGAAAUCGUCAAAAUCCUUCGCGAAUUCGUCGGGGGAUUCUCGCCCUUGCUGGAGAUCGGCGCCGCCCUCUCCUUCAUCGCCUUCGGGAUCCAGGUGGGCACUUCGGAUGACGCGCCCUACGAUAACUUGUACCUGGGCAUCGUGCUGAUCUGCGUGGUGCUGAUCACGGGCGGCUUCCUGUACUACCAGAACGCCAAGUCCGAGGCCAUCAUGGAGGGCUUCAAGAAGAUGAUGCCGCAGAGCGCCAACGUGCUGCGCAACGGGAAGAUCAAGGAGAUCUCCGCCGACAACGUGGUCUUAGGCGACAUCGUCGAGGUCAAGGCCGGCGACCGCAUCCCGGCCGACAUCCGCAUCCUGGAGUGCAAGACCCUCAAGGUGGACAACUCGUCGCUGACCGGGGAGUCGGAGCCGCAGUCGCGCAGUCCCGAGGGCAGCGACAACCCGCUGGAGUCCAAGAACCUGAUCUUCUACACCAGCAACGCCGUGGAGGGCUUCGGCCGCGGCGUGGUGAUCAAGCGCGGCGACAACACGGUGAUGGGCCGCAUCGCCAAGCUGACCACGCGGCUGGACACCUCCGAGACGACCAUCGCGCGCGAGAUGCGCCACUUCGUCACGCUCAUCUGCAUCCUGGCCGUUACCAUGGGCGUCCUCUGCAUCGUCAUCGCGCUGGCCCUCGGCUACGACGGCUUCUACGCCAUCAUCCUCGCCAUCGGCCUCGUCGUCGCCAACGUUCCGGAAGGCAUCAUGAUCACGGUUACGGUAAUGUUGACGCUGACGGCGAAGCGCAUGGCGAAGAAGAACUGCCUGAUCAAGAAUUUAGAAGCGGUGGAGACGCUGGGCGCCUGCUCGGUGAUCUGCUCGGACAAGACGGGCACGCUGACGCAGAACCGCAUGACGGUGGCGCACGCCUGGGUGGACGAGCAGAUCGUGGCCACCGACACGGCCACCGAGUCGCUGGCCGGGAAGGAGCUGCCGGACACUACCACCUGCAAGGCGCUGCUGAACGUGGCCAUCCUGUGCAACCGCGCCGCCUUCAAGGACGACCAGGGCGACAAGCCGGUGUACGCGCGCGAGUGCAAGGGCGACGCCUCCGAGACGGCGCUGCUCAAGUUCACCGAGAUCCUCACCGGCGACGUCAUGGCCGAGCGCGCCAAGCACAAGGCCGUGGCCGAGAUCCCCUUCAACUCCACCACCAAGUUCCAGGUCUCCGUCCACGAGAUGCACGUCGACGGCCGGCUGCGCUACCUCGUGGCCAUGAAGGGGGCGCCGGAGCGCAUCUGGGACCGCUGCUCCUCCAUCGGCGUCAACAACAAGGACAUCCCCAAGAACCGCGCCUGGACCGACAAGUUCAACGACGCCUACCUGGACCUGGGCAGUCGCGGGGAGCGCGUGCUGGGCUUCUGCGAUCUGCUGCUGCCGGAGGACGAGUUCCCUCAAGGCACCAAGUUCGACACGGAGAAGCCCAACUUCCCCAUGGAGGGCAUGCGCUUCGUCGGCCUCAUCUCGCUGAUCGACCCCCCGCGGGCGGCGGUGCCGGACGCCGUGGCCAAGUGCCGCAGCGCCGGCGUGCAGGUCAUCAUGGUCACGGGCGACCACCCGGUCACCGCCAAGGCGAUCGCGCGCAGCGUGGGGAUAAUCAGCGAAGGCAUGGAGACGGCGGAGGACGUGGCGCACCGGCUGGGGAUUGAGGUGAGCGAGGUGGAGCCGGCCGACGCCAAGGCCAUCGUGGUGCACGGCGGGGAACUGCGCGAGAUGAAGGACGAGGACAUCGACAGCAUCCUCAUGAACCACGCCGAGAUCGUCUUCGCGCGCACCUCGCCGCAGCAGAAGCUCAUCAUCGUCGAGGCCUGUCAGCGCGCCGGCGCCGUCGUGGCCGUCACCGGCGACGGCGUCAACGAUUCGCCGGCUCUUAAGAAGGCCAACAUCGGCAUCGCCAUGGGCAUCACCGGAAGUGACGUCAGCAAGCAGGCGGCGGACAUUGUGCUGCUGGACGACAACUUUGCCUCCAUCAUCAUCGGCAUCGAAGAAGGGCGGUUGAUCUUCGACAACCUGAAGAAGACCAUCUGCUACACGCUCAUGUCCAACAUCCCCGAGAUCGCGCCCGUCGUCAUCUACUUCUUUGCCCGCGUUCCUCUCGGUUUGACCACCAUUCCCAUGUUGCUGGUGUGUCUGGGCACCGACAUGUUGCCGUCCAUCUCGAUGGCGCACGAGAGCGCCGAGGCGGACAUCAUGAAGCUGCCGCCGCGGUCGCCCGACGAGCGGCUGGUCAGCUUCCAGCUGCUGCACUGCUGCUACAUGCAGGCCGGGAUGAUCUGCGCCGUGGGGGCCUUCUUCACCUACUUCGUCGUGCUCGGCGAGAUGGGCUUCCGGCCCUACGAUGUGGUGGGGGUGCGCGACUACUGGGAGAACCCCGCCCUCAGCGACGUGGCCGAUUCCUACGGACAAGAGUGGACAUACCCGCAACGCAUGCUGCUGCAGCGCACGGUGGACGCCGCCUUCUUCGCCUCCAUCGUCGUCUUCCAGUGGGUGGACCUCAUUUGCCGCAAGGUGCGUCGCAAGUCUGUCCUGCAGAAGCCGAUGACGAACUGGUUCAUGAACUUGUCGCUGGUCUUCGAGACGGCCGUGACCAUCUUCUGCAUCUACGUGCCCUACCUCAACUACGCGCUCUCCCUCUACACCAUCAGGUUCGUGUGGUGGCUGCCGAUGAUCCCGUUCGCGUUGUUCUUCUUCGUCUUCGACGAGCUGCGUCGCUUCAUCAUCCGCCGCUUCCCCGACGGCUGGAUGGAGCGCAACUUCUACAUGUAGCCGCCACGCCGCACCGGACCGGACAGAAGGGCCGUAAUUGUCGCCCGCCCGCGGACGCCGCUGCCUGCACAUGUAGCCGCUGCGUCGCUUGACUCGCCCGACAACUCGCUAGUCCCCGCCAAUUCUUUCUUCGUCCCCUACUGUACAUACAACAUCACUCACUAGUGACAGUAGUGAUCGAAAAGCGUUGAUUAUAUUUAUGACGUUCCCGAUAUCCGUAAUUUUAUUUUAUUUAUUUAAAGCCGUUUUAUUUUAUUAUAAGUAUUACCAGAGUUUAUAAUAUAGAUAUGUAACAUUAUGUAUCGCUGUACGUCUUCCUGUAUUCAUGAUUACCAGUGUACAGUACAAGGAUUAUUGUCAGUGUGGAAUGUACAAUAUGUGGGUGGUGGUUUCAACACAUAAUAGCUACAUGAUGCAACGAAGCCCAGUAAAUUACAAGUUAUGA